AAUCUGAACGCGCGCCUCUCUAUCCAUGAUUUUUUUCGAAUAUGAUUCUCCCCUCUUUCCCACUUCAAACCCAUACCCUCCAUUCCUAAAAGCCAAAUUUCUCUCUCUCUCUGUCUGUCUCUCAAGCAUGAUGAGAAUAUAUUGGACCCAAGCAGAACUGCAGGCGGACUAUUAAAGUGGGUAUUCUUGAUCAUCAUCUUCUCUUUGUUGUUCGCUUUGGUUUGUGCUUCUUCCACUUCGAAGGGAAGUCUUUUGGGUUGGGCAGAGAGAGAUGGAAACAUCUGUUCUGAACUCCAUAAUCGAGAGGCUUCUCAGUGUCAGAGGCAAGCCAGGGAAGCAAGUGCAGCUCUCAGAAGAAGAAAUCAAGCAGCUCUGUUUCGUGUCCAGGGACGUCUUCAUGAGCCAGCCCAAUCUCUUGGAGCUUGAAGCACCCAUCAAAGUUUGCGGAGAUAUCCACGGCCAGUAUAGUGAUCUCCUAAGGAUUUUUGAGUUCAGUGGACUCCCACCUCGUUCAAACUACUUGUUCCUGGGAGAUUAUGUUGAUCGUGGACAGCAAAGCCUGGAAACAAUUUGCCUUCUCCUCGCCUACAAAAUCAAGUACCCACAAAACUUCUUCCUCUUGAGGGGAAACCAUGAAUGUGCAUCUGUGAACCGCAUUUACGGAUUUUACGACGAGUGUAAACGGAGAUUCAAUGUCAAGCUCUGGAAGAUAUUCUCCGAUUGUUUCAACUGCCUCCCUGUGGCAGCUCUUAUUGACGAUAAGAUACUGUGCAUGCAUGGCGGACUCUCUCCUGAUCUCAACAAUUUGAACCAGAUCAAAAGGUUACCUCGGCCCUCCGAUGUUCCAGAGAAGGGUUUGCUAUGCGAUCUUCUCUGGUCCGAUCCUGAUAAGGACAUUCGAGGGUGGGGGCCGAAUGACAGGGGAGUCUCCUAUUCAUUUGGCCCUGACAGAGUGAUGGAUUUUCUCAGGAGGCUGGAUCUUGACUUGAUUUGCCGUGCUCACCAGGUUGUUGAAGAUGGGUAUGAGUUUUUCGCCAACAAGCAACUCGUGACCAUAUUUUCGGCGCCUAAUUAUUGUGGGGAGUUUGAUAAUGCUGGUGCUGUGAUGACAAUUGAUGAGAACCUUUUGUGCUCUUUCCAAAUACUGAGUCCUACUGAUAAGAAGCCGAGCAUCGGGGGCACUGCGACAGCUAAAUCUACUGCGUUUACAAAUAAAGUCAAGUCAUUUCUUGGUACAAAAGCGUAAGUAACUGCUGGCCCUUAAAUAAUGGAAGAUAUAGAGAAUCAUUCGAAGUCUCUGGAUAACGGAUCUUGCAUAGAGGAUCAUUUCUAUUCAAGGGAAAGGUCACAACUUUGUCUUUGUGUUUAGUUCUUCCGAUAAGAAUGUCGAAAGAUUUCUUCUGACGGCGGGAGGGUAUAUCUUCUUCUGCAAUGUACAAAAAAUUGAGUGAACGGCCAAGGAUGGCUAAUUGCAGAGUGAUUCUGCUUGCUAAGGUUGUCCAAAGAUUAUGAAGCCGCAUUGUUGAACUGCCGCUCCUUUUUGCUUGUUGAGAAAGAAUUACUGCCUAUACUUUAC